UUGUGCGGUCGUGAGCGGAAGCGUUUACUUUUAUGCGCUUAUUCAAAGCCUUAAACCAUGAAGCUAAAAAAUCAUUUUUAGAACUGAUAGUUCUCAUCAUUUUAGCGUUGGUCGCGAAAAGUCAUUAUUAAUGGAGCGCAAAGGCAGAUGCUCUCAGGAGGAGGAUGGAGACAGUUGUGGGUCCUCCGCCGCCGGUUCGCCGGAGAUGGACCGCAACCCGUCUCCUCCACCCGAGGAAGAUGAGACUGAGGCCGGUGAGGAGGUGGAUGCCAUCGGGGAGACCGUGUACAGCAAACACUGGCUCUUCAGCGCUCUGACCCGCCUUAUUCAGAUGGUGACGGACCAGGAAAGUGGGCCGAGUGAUUCUUCAGUGGAGCUGACGGACGAUCUGGAGGAGGACUUGUGUAAAGUUUGGGACAUGGCUAUGGAUAAGGACGUGGCAGUUUUUCUUCAGGAGUUCAAAGCUCCAGACAUCUUGCUGGGUGUGAUCUCAAAGUCACGUAGUCCACGACUCACGGAAAUCUGUGUUGGCAUUCUGGGUAAUAUGGCCUGUUUUCAUGACACGUGUGCAUCUCUCAGCCAGAACUCUGACCUGUGCUCUGUGCUGCUGCUCCUGCUCGGGGACAAUGAUCCACCUACCCUCCUGGAGACCUGCAGGCUCCUGAUAACGUGUCUGUCUCAGCCUGAUGUCGCCCCUCUGUGGCUGGAGAGGAUACGGCAGCAGCCGGCGGUGUGCAGCAGUCUGUGUUUCAUUAUGAGCAGCUCCACCAACGUGGAUUUGCUGGUUAAGGUUGGGGAGCUGGUGGAUAAGCUCUUUGAUGAGGAUGAGGAGAUGAUGAAGAAUUGGGUGUCCACCCCAGCCGGUGAAAGCGAGCCAAACAAGGACACACAGCAGGACGUCGUGUCCUCUCUGCUUGAGGCGGCCACGCAGCUUAGGCCAGAAAGUCCAGAGGCUCUUGAAGUCUAUCUUCAUUCACUCCAGCUUCUGACUACAGUAGAAGAGGGCAUGCAGGCUCUGGUAUCAGAUGCAGCUCGUGGUCGUGGAGUGUGGAUGUUUGCGUGUAAGAUGGUAUGUGAGGAUUUAUGUCAAGCGGACGAUCCUCCUCUCAUCCUGCAGGAGCAGAAAGCCCUCCUGGCUCCGGCGCUUGCUUUACUGUCAGCGUUACACUCCAGCCUGAACACAGAUAUCAGUACUGAAUUAUUAGGGAGUCUCAUCCGUAUUCUGCAGUUCGAUGCUGAAUGGCGUCAGGGCCGAACGGCUGCAAACUCUGAAUCGGAAGAGAGUCGGAAAGAGGAAGAUGAACAGCUCAAAGCUUUAGUGGAAACCACAGCAGAGUUCCUCUCAACUGUCCUUAUGAAGCUGAAUAAGGAUCUGUUGUCAUCUAUAAUCAAGGAAGGGUGUUUGACAGAGAGAAGCUGUGUGUCUGCUGUUGGCUCCCUCAUACCUCAACAUAUAACGGCGGUCCAGCACCUGAUUGGCUUGUUGUCAGAAGUCGAACCGAAACUGGCAGAAAUGAUAAAAAAGGACUUUUCUAUUUCAUCCAAUGUGUCGAGCUGAAACAUCUAAAAGAAACCAAUCUCCAGCAAAGCUCCUGACCCAAAACACUCUAGAUAAGUUCCUUACGAAAGGACUCGUCUUUUUUUA